AAAUGAACAUAGUACAAAAUUUACUCAGUGCUAUUUCCCCCCUUCCAGACGGCGAUUUAUCCGAUCGACUAAAUUAUUGUUAUACAACUACAAUUUUAAUUAUAUGUUCAGUAUUCGUUUCAGGAUGGAGUUUUAUUGGCCAACCAAUCCAGUGUUGGUUCCCAGCUUAUUAUAGAGGGUGGUGGAUGGAAUAUGCUUUAGAUUAUUGUUUUGUUCAAAAUACUUAUUUUGUACAAUUUGCUGAUAUGAAACCAGAUAAUUAUUUUGACAUUGCUGAACACAUAAUUCCAAUCCCCAGUAAUUGGACUGAACGGGAACAAAAACAAAUUGGAUAUUACCAAUGGGUCCCUUUCAUAUUAGCCCUCCAAGCCUUGACAUUUUUCCUUCCAGUGGUAAUUUGGAGGUCAAUUUAUGGUUCCACAAAUAUGAAAGUUAAAGCAAUCUGUGAAACUUGCAGUAUUAAAUCAAAUUUGGAGCCUGGGGAGAGAAGUAAUAAUAUGGAAAUAAUUGCCAGAUUUUUAAUUUGUAAUCACGAUGUAACAAAAAGUGUUGGAGGGAAAUUACAAACAUUGGCAGCUGGGAGAAUUGUUCAAAUUGCUUAUAUUUCAACAAAAAUAAUUUAUGCUUGCAAUGCUUUAAUGCAAUUUAUGCUUGUAAAAUGGAUGUUGGGAGCUCCCGACCCUUUCUGGGGAUGGAACGUUAUUUCAGACUUGAUAGCUGGUAGGGAAUGGCCGGAGACUGGAAACUUUCCUCGUGUUACUCUCUGCGAUUUUUCGGUUCGUGUUCUAGGUAAUCUCCAUCGUCAUUCAGUGCAAUGUGUUUUAAUGAUUAAUAUGUUUAAUGAAAAAAUUUUUGUUUUUCUGUGGUUCUGGUUCUGUUUCAUUGCUUUAUUUAGCCUUAUUUCAUUAUUCCUUUGGCUUUACAGAACUUUUUGUAUUGGAAGUAAUUAUAGACUAAUUAAUGGGUAUCUUCAACAGAUUGACCCAAUUCCCCAUAGAGGACUUGCCAGACGUAUACAAAUCAAUGGCUUUAUUGAAAAUGCUUUACGUCCAGAUGGCCUUUUAGUUAUUCGAUUAAUAUCAAUAAAUAGUGGGGAUUUAAUUACUUCUCGAUUAAUUGCUACACUUUGGCAAGAUUAUCAACAACGUUUACACGAAAUAGACCCUUUAAUACCUGAGGAAGAAAAUUUUAAUGAGCCUGAUUCUCUAUUAGGCAUUAAAAAUAAAAAUGGAAAGAAAAGUUAA